GAGACCACAUGUAUUUGGGAGUUUGGGAAAUUAUUUUUAAGUUUAUAUGACGGUUUACUCAUUGUUCGCGUUAAGCAUAAAAUUGCAAUGAUAAGUGUGAAUCUGGAUAUGUUUCAUUAAUAAAAAAAAUCCAGCGUUAAACAAACAAAAAAACACUUCGUACAUAAGUUGGAUAUGGAGAAAAAAGACAAAGUGUUUCGAAUAAGUGAACACUAUGAAUUUAUAAAUCGGAGAUUAAGACGUUGGCGUUUGACUAUUUACACUUAGCAUUUGGGAAUUAUUAUUUCGUUUAAUUGUCAUUUGAUCAUAGUCCCGGCAAUGAAUCACGACGAGGAUUUCAACUGUAAUCAAAUAAGUUUCGUCAGUUUCUGAAUGUUAUGGGGAUACAGGCCAGCGGUAUUCACACAUUUGCAUUCACAAAGAGGAUUCUGUAUGUUUCAUAUUUCAACUUUUGUUAUUUUCGGCAGCCUUUAAACGUGCACUGGCCACUGGUCACAUUAACGUAAAAGAACUGAUACGGUGACUGAUAAUGGCUUGAAGACACAGUUAAUAGUAUCUUAACUGGAAACGAAUUUAAUGAAGUCCUUAAACUCCAAUAAAUAAUAAAGGCAAGCAUAAAGGAGAAUAUUCAUCAUCAUGCGAUUGGAACAUAUACCAUUACACAUUGGUAUUGUGAUAUUGUGCAAUCAGGCCGCUAGAGGUCGGGAUGAAAACACAGUGCACAUUGAUCUCCAAAGGGCUAUUGUGAAGGGCUAUAGUCCAUAUAUACAUUUUCUUCAAACACCGUCAUUGUCAAACGGGUCCUGUGCCAGUCAGGCCGUGGUGAAAGUGGACUUUUCGGGUCCCUACAGGGGCUUAGAGUUGGACCUUGAUUAUGCCAAAAAUCCGCGGUUAUGGACUCUUGAUAUCACCGACUCCCCAACCGGGGACGGUUACGGUGGUGACGAUGGCAACACAAGCAACAUGGCGGAACUUCAGAUCUUAAACAGGCAAAUGCGUAUAUAUGGCAACAGUCUCCCGGGUUAUAUGGAGGCAAUUAGUGACGGUGGAUUGCUGAUCAGGACAAUCGACGACUUCGCGAGUAAAGGCUCCAAAGCCAAUAUCAAAAUCAGCGACGAACGGAUUGACUGGUCCCGUGGAAAGAUUAAAGAUUUUCUGUCGUCAAAAUAUCUGUUCACUUUGAACGGACAAACGCCGCAGUACGGCGAUGUUGAAUAUGAUGUAUACUUUGGAUUUAAUCGAGUGGUCGCCGGUAAUUAUCGAAAUGGCUCUGGGCUGUGUUCCGUGACUCUAAGGCUCCUAACGUACCCCGGGAACCAGUGCGAGAAGGGCACGCUGCAGUGCCCCAUGUUUGCGGAGUGUAUCGACUCUGUCCGCACAUCACGGUGCAGAUGCAAACGGGGUUUCUAUGGAGCCGGGCACGUAAAAUGUACAGAUGUUGACGAAUGCGCCACCGACAACGGAGGGUGUGUCCAUUUCUGCGAGAACACCCAGGGGAAUUACACGUGCAGUUGUAGAGACGGCUUUCAGCUCGAUCUAGACGGCAAAGAUUGUAUAGACAUGAACGAGUGUUUCCGAGACAAGGGUGGUUGCGAACAUCAAUGUGUGAACACCCUUGGCGGGUACGAGUGUCGAUGUAACCAAGGAUACUCACUUGAACAUAACGGCAGGUCUUGCAAAGUGGGCUCCUAUUGCCAGAAGUACAAGGGCUGCGAGCAUUCCUGCACGACGAACGCGCUCGACUCCGUAGUUUGCACGUGCAGACCCGGAUAUAGGCUACAUUCCAAUGGCACUAACUGCAUUCAAACAUGUUCUGUCGGAAACGGCGGUUGUCAACAUAACUGUACAGACACUCCGGACACGGUGCAAUGUACGUGCGCACAGCAAUAUAUACUGAAUAGAGACAACAAGACGUGUACAGCGUCAUGCGAGGUCAAUAAUGGUGGCUGUGAGCGGAAGUGCACAGAUACACCGGAAGGACCCGUGUGCUCCUGUCCGGAAGGCUUCGAACUUCAUCAAAACCAGAAGAACUGUCUGGACGUGGACGAGUGUGCACGUGACAAUGGCGGCUGCAGUCACACGUGCGUGAACCUCGAGGGCGACUACGAGUGCGUCUGUCCGUCCGGGUACAUGGUUUACUCAUUAGAGAAGACAUGCAAAGAUAUCGACGAGUGUGAGGUGAACGGCACAUGCGAUCACCUGUGUGUCAACACCGCCGGAAGUUAUCUGUGCACGUGCAACGAGGGGUUCGACCGGUAUGGGGUCUCACACUGCGCAGACAAAGACGAAUGCUCGGACAACAAUGGCGGCUGUGCUCAUGGAUGUGUGAACACGCAGGGCAGCUUCCGGUGCAAGUGUAAUGAGGGGUAUAAACUGUUCUCAAAUGGCAGAGACUGUGUUGUGGAGAGCAAGUGCUACGAUCUGCGCGCACCACCUGGCGGGAAACUUACGUGUAAGACCAGAGGAGAAAAUGUCGGUUGUAGGUACACGUGCGAGCAAAAGGGCAUGUUUGUCGAACGGGGCUUCCGAGAAAAUAUCACGACGUUUUGCGGACCGGAAACGAACUUCACGUGGGACCACGAGCGGAAGAACGUGACACUACCCCCAUGCUCGACAAAGAUCCAGUCUCCGAACAUCGGGAGGCUGAUCACGAUGAAGUUCGUGUCAAAGCGAUGCAAGCGACGGGAGCAGGUGAUACAGAAACUCACGGAAGACCUCACCACAGAGCUCAACGCACAGAAGAAAUAUAAAUGUAGCAACAAGUGUAGAAUAUCUGGGCGCCCGAAGAUAACGUGUCAGAAACAGAAGCAGGUCAAAGGUCAAGGUCGAGCCGGGUACAAGGUCACAGCAGAGGUCAACUUGAGUUAUAUGUCAUUGGAUAAGCUGAAAAGCGGAUGUGAUGUCAAAUGUGAGAUGAAGAAGACCGAACGAAAAUUACGAAAAGUCAUAAAGAAACUGAAGACAUUGGGACAGAAAAAUGAAUUUAAAUUUAGUUACGCUGGUGAUGAACAGGAAAACGUGAAGAUCAAAUCACCGCGGAAACAAAACGAAACUUGGUCAUGUGACCCGAACAAUCUGCUUUUAGGCGACCAUUGUGUCGGCUGUUCUGCGGGUUACUUCUACGACCGGCCCUCCCGCUCGUGCGCCCCAUGCCGCCCUGGGUUUUACCAGGACGAGGAGGGCCGCUUUGCCUGCAAGCCGUGUCCGCACAAUCCAGGGGACUCGGGGCUGUACGCCGCAAAGAGCGUAGAGGAAUGUUCGGUUCAAUGCGAGCCCGGUCACUACUCGGAGAGCGGGUUGAAGCCCUGCAAGCCCUGUCCCCAGGGCACGUACCAGCCGGGACUCGGGCGCCUCUCCUGCCAGGCCUGCGAGGGCCACCUCACCACCAGGGAUAGCGGGGCCACCUCGUUUAAACAGUGUCUCACGAAAGUAAGCUGCGCGCCUGGGCAUUUCUAUAAGUCUUCUAGCUCGAGUUGUCUCCCAUGCCCCAUUAGCCACUAUCAGCCGCGCGGUGGACAGAACUACUGCGUCAAAUGCCCUAACGGCACAACAACCGACCACGGCGCGGCUACGGAUGUGUCGCACUGCAAAAGCCAUGUGUGUGGCGGCGUGUUCGGUAAAGAGGUGGAGCAGGGGCUCAUCCAGUCGCCUAACUACCCCGGGGACUAUCCCACCAACGUGUCGUGCGUCUGGAAGAUACGGCCCGCCAAGAACAGACGCAUUCUCUUCAUCGUGCCCGAGGUUUACCUAACCAAGGGUGAUAAGUGCGGCGAUAAACUAGUGAUGAGGAAAUCUAAAAACGAAAUAUCGACGAUAACGUAUGAGACGUGCGAGACUAGUGAGCGACCGAUUGCGAUCACCGCCCGCUCCAAACGCCUGUGGGUGGAGUUCCGGUCCGACGGGCAGAAUACUGCCCGAGGGUUCUCCAUACCAUUUGUUACAUUUAAUGAGGACUACCAGCGUUUGAUCGAGAGUAUAGUUCAAGAUGGCCGCCUGUACAGCUCGUUUCAGCAUCAGUCCGUGUUAAAGGACCGUAUGUUGCUGACCAAUAUGAUGCGCCUUAUCGCCAACCCGGAAGGCAUCUUCGAGGAGAACAAGUACCGCAAGAUCAUGGAGUCCCGAGUGCCGCGCUCCUUCAUCAAGCUCAUCCAGAGGAAAGUCAUUCGCUUCUUCAAUCCUUGAUUGGGGAGACUGAACGCGAUAGACGAUGCAUACCGACUUCGAAAAAAGAGCAUCGCUGGAUCAUUUGCCCACCAAUCUAUAUUGUCUGACUAUACGAUCUUAGGACUCCUCUCUCAACCGAUGUGAAAAUUUAGAUCUUAUUCUUCACAAAUGGUUCUUUUGUAAUCCUUAAUACUGUGACAUGAAGCUAUUCUUAAUUGAACAUAAUUUCAAAUGCUAUAUUUUGCCAGUCGUUUCCUGGACAAAUGAUCAUCCGCUAUUUUACAUAUGAGACGCGUUCUGGGAAAACUGGGCUUAAUACAUAUGCAAAAAAUGUCGUCUCAGUAAUCUGGGACGACAUUUCCCGCCUUCACAUGAUUUUCAAUAAGAAGAGACUUCCCUUAGACGAAAAGUUUCAUAAAAUCGGAAAGUGUCGUCUCUGAUUAGCCUGUGCUAAAUGGCCACGCUAACCUGGGACGCCACUUUACAAACAUGUACGAAGCACGUUUUCACAGAACGAGCCUCGUUACUAAAAACUAUUAGAGACGCGUUCUUAGAAAACGGAGCUUAAUCUUAAUGUAUGUUCGGAAAGUGUCAUCCCAGAUUAGCCUGUGCACUCCGCACAAGCUAAUCAGGGAUGACAUAUUCCGCUUUUAUGUUUUUUUUUGUUGAAAUAAAAUCUCUUCUAAGCAAAAAUCCAAUUUAGGCGGAAAGUGUCGUCCCUGAAUAGCCUAUGCGGACUGCACAGGCUAAUCUGGGACGACACUUUACGCACAUGCAUUAUGCCCAGUUUUUUUCAGAAUACGACUCAUUAUUUGCGAAUAAUAUGAUUAUUUGAAGAAAGUCUUUGAAAGGACCGUUCUGUUUGUGAUAGAGGACGCCUCUGGAUAUUAGCCGUUAUUAUCGAUCUGAUACAACUCGACUAAAAUGAGUUAAGAUUGGGAUAGCGUUUGUCCUUAAAAAGGGUAAUUUUUAGGCGUUGUGACGCUUAUAUUAUGAGAAUAAAAGGGUUCUUACCAUUAAAUCACUAGUUCGCCUUUGCACAUUCUUAAGUAUUUAUUUACUGUAAUUGAGUAUUAACUUUUUUGACCUGGUAAAUAUUUUAACACUAGGCAACGUAAUGAAUGAAGGUGCAAUUUUUGUACAUGUUUUAACCGCCAUUAAUACUGUUAAAUACUAGUAAAAUAAACUUGUUUAUCAGAUGACGUUUCCAAUAUUUGAUAAAGCUGCUAUACAAUUUUCAUAAGAUUUCGCAUUGAAACAUAAAUAAGUUUUGGAAGUCACUUUAACUAUUCCAAGAUUGUUCUUGUCAUAUAUUAAUUACAAGUACAACUAAAUAAAGUUCAACGGAAUGUCACCGCGACUUAUGUAAUCUUGUACAAUUUGAAAAUGAAACAAAAUAGAUUGCUUCUAAUAGCUGGCAUGUAUUCGCCUGAAAACUUUCAGCGGGUUUAUCUACCAAUGGAUACCAACGCUUGGAUGAAACACGUAUUUGUAUGGGUCAACGUUUUAGACUGAGAGCCAACUUGAAGCUUUGUAUUGUGGAUGUAAGUUUAGUGUAAAUUUUAAUGUUACUAAAACAUUCUCCAUGUUCUCUGCCGUCAAAGAUUACCAUACUUGUAUAAGCUUUCGGAUGUAUACAGACACUGUUUUGUCCGACUCAAUAUCCCCAUGUGUUCGUGACUGUUCGAUUAAUAAUAACAGAGAAAACGCUUGUUUAACCCAUUUAUGCCUAGUGGACUCUUCCAUCCUUCUAAAUUGGAUAAAUUUAGUUCCAAAAUGAGGGAUGUCUAGUAUGUUUAUUUCUAUAUUUUGAAUAUUUCUUGCAGAAAUUCCUUUAAGCAAACAGCGCAGACCCAGAUGAGACGCCGCAUCAUGCGGCGUCUCAUCUGGGUCCACGCUGUUUGCCAAUGCCUUUUUUCUCGAUGCUAGGCAGAAAUAGAUUAACACAGAGCAGUUCUUGUAUGAAAGGACUCUUUUACAUGCAUUGUAAUAAUCAACUAUAAAAUAUUACAUUAUUUAACAAGUUGACAAAACAUGGCUUCGUUCAGAAUUCCUAUUGUUUGUUAUUUUGUUUUAAGAUGCUUUUAAUGUGUACCUGACCGUCCAAUUAAAUAGGAACAAUUUAACAAAUCUAACCGAUAUCUCAUACUUCCAAUACCAGAACUGUUGAACCCGUACAGAAACGUUUACUAAUUGUUUCACUCGCAUGCAUGCUUGUAUACGAAUCGCAUUUCGUGAUUGUUGCGUAAUAUUGUAAAUUUGAUUAAACAUAUAACAUUA